AUGGUCGCUAUAAUACCUCAUGCUUCCUUUACCACAAUUAAACUAACCCAGAAAACUGAGGGAAGCCAAAUGCCAACUGAGGAGAUCUGCAAAAUCAAUAUGAGGACUCGUAAAUUUGAUGUGGGCGGGAAUUCUCGAGAUUUUGAGUGCUUUUAUUCGAAUUUUGUUCAAACUGUUAUAUUGUUGGGCACUUUUUUUUACUGUGUUGAAAGGCUUCAGCCGUGGUCCAUUGUUACCGCUGAUAUAUCUUAUAAACAAAUCUUUGUAAAUGUCUUUGUGGUGUGUUUGAUAAUGGUUGGUCUGAUAUUCACAAAAUAUUGGCAACAUGGUUACAAAAGCCUACCCAAGUUCGAUACCAUUUACAGUUUAUAUUUACCGUUUAUGGUUUCGUUGUUGUUCGAUACAUCAUCUACGGUGAUAAAUACUAUUUUGAUCCUUUCGGUAUUAAAUUCAUAUAGAUGGCGAACUCAGUUGGUAGUGAUCAUUUUACAGCUCUGCCUCAUAUUUUUUAAUUUUGAGGCUGGUGACAGGUUAAAGAAUAUUAUUAGCAUAGUAAUAAAUUCUUUACUGUCGUUAAUUUUGAAGUAUAUUGGGCAAUUGAAAAGUUUAGAUAAUAUCGACUCUAAUCUUUUUAGUAUCCUAUUAACCAAUAUUCUGUACGUUUCAGAGGCUGGCACAGUACAUUUUAGAAUUUUGAAGGGCAUUAUCCUUGCUCUCACAACAAUAAUUUCAAUUAACUAUGUGCUCAAAAAGGUAAUGCACUUUAAACCGUUUAUGCUGUCAAUAUCCUUUGCCAUCGGGCUUCCACUUUUUGCCAAUACCUUCAUUCAUUUAGAAGACGGUGAAAAUCCGCUACUUUGGCUGGUAAAAUAUAUCUUAGAGUCUACUAUUCGUCAAAAGAUUUUGUUUGCUUGGUCUUCAAUUCUUAUACUGUCCAUACCAAGUAUAUUGAUCGAGAAGGACAGUCUAUCGUUGAACACCUCCCGAAAAUUGUGGCAUUUCAUCAUUUUCUUACUCAUAAUACCGUCAUUCCAAAUGGAUUCAAACUUUGUGAAAAUUGCAUUGUCCGGAACAAUACCAGUCUUCUUAUCAAUUGAGUACAUAAGAUUUCAAAACCUACCGCCGUUAGGAUCUGCUAUUGAAUUACAACUAAGAAGGUUUGCUGAUGAUAGGGACCACAGCGGGCCAUUGAUCAUAUCAUACCUUUAUUUACUCUUCGGAAUAUCAACACCUUUAUUAAUGAAUAACUCUCCAAUGGGUCUAAUAGGAUUGGGAAUUGGUGAUUCCUUAGCAUCUAUUAUUGGUAAAAGGUAUGGCCGCAUUCGUUGGAAAGGUACACAAAAAACUUUAGAGGGAACUCUUGCGUUUAUAGUAACGAGUUUUAUCGUUUGUUUGGUAUUGUUACGUUUUGAUAAAGCUGCAAUUUUUAACCACCUAACUACUUUACAAUUGCUUACCCUUUGUACACUGAGUGGAGUGCUAGAAGGUAAUAGUGUGCUUAAUGACAAUAUUUUGAUACCUGCAUUUAUGAUGAUUUGUGAAAAAUUAAUUACUCUUUGA